CAAUUCACAUGUGAAGCGAAACAUGUUGUUUACGAAAGUGUAACCUCAAAUAUUGUUAUUUUGUUCUUAUAAUAAAUGUUUUAAUAAUAUCUUAAGUGAGGAAAUGGUUAAGAGCGAAAUGAAAACAUCUAUCUCAGAAGACGAUGGGGAAACAAACAUUCUCAAUGAAAAUGGGAAAAGACCGGCGGAAGAAGCUUCUAAAGAUGGCAAGAAACGUAUUAGAAAUUUAUACCGUCAACCAACUGCUAAAGAGUUGAAUCGUCUACAAGAAACAGAAAAUUUGUUCAACUCCAAUUUAUUCCGUUUACAAAUAGAAGAGAUAUUACAAGAAGUGCAACUGAAAGAGAAGACGGUAAAGCGAUUUUAUGAUUGGUUUAAUUUACUGAAGGAAUACCUGUUAUCGAUCACUGAAGAUGGCACAGAAUAUGAUUUAUCAGAAAAAGCAAUUACAAAGAAAUUAAAAGUAAAAUUGCCUAUAUCUACUGAAUUGCAGAAAACAAAGGCAAUGUUUAAGUUCCUCAAAUUCAAGGAAAUAGAUAUAGUUGGUUCUUAUGCCUCGGGCAAUGCUAUAAGCUCAAAAUUGAUUGUGGAUUUACAAAUAACAGUCCCAGCGGAAACAUACACGAAAAAUGACUCGAUAAAUUACAGAUAUCAUAAAAAACGUGCAGCUUAUCUUGCUUAUAUUGCCUCACACUUGUCAAAAUCUGAUUUAAUAGAGAGUAUAAACUACUCAUGGCUCAAUGGAGGUCUCACAAAGCCUGUAUUAGAUAUAAAUCCAAAGGGAAAGCUAAACAAUAUAUUAUCAGUAAGAAUAAACCUUACAUGUGAAGAAGAAGCUUAUAAAUUACACAGAUUCAGUCCUGGACGUAACAAUCUCCGUGAAUCAUGGCUGUUGAAUGAAGAAAACACAGAAGUUGGUUCACCAACACCUUAUUACAAUGCCAGUGUAUUGAGUGACUUAACGGCAAAAAUUAAUGAAGAUUUCAUGAAACAGACACUUGCAAAUAACGACAAUUUGAAACAGGCUAUAGUGUUACUAAAGAUUUGGAUAAGGCAAAGAAAAUUGAAUGUAUCUGGUCAUGUGAUUAGCAUGUUAGUAUGUUCCUUGGUGCAGAUGAAGAGGAUCAACAAUAUCAUGAGCAGUUAUCAGAUUGUAAGGAAUGUGUGGAUAUAUUUAAAAACCUCAGAGUGGGACACAAAAGGUUUAUCGCUAUACAAAGAAGAUGACACACCACCAAUAGACGAGUUCCUACAAUAUUUCCCAGUAGUUUUCCUAGACAAAACUGGGUAUUAUAAUAUUUGCUGGCAAAUGUGCAAGGGCACAUAUAACGCGUUGAGACGAGAGAGCGCUAUGGCGGUGGAUAUGUUGGAUCAUCCAAAGAUCAAUAGCUUCAUUCCGCUUUUCAUGACUCCAGUGGUGCCUUUGACUCAGUUUGACCAUAUUAUUAGAUUCAAGAACAUACAAAAUUUAAAGAUGUCCAUCUUAAAAGCAGUACCGAAGCAAGAAAAACUGAACUAUGGCAUUGACGAGUUGCCCUUAGUAGUGGAAACUCUGUAUUCUCUCCUUACAAAAGGUCUUACUGAUAGAGUUGAUCUAAUACUGCAAUUGGUUGAUGCUGAUUUUACCUGGUCUGUGAAGAGUACUCCAGAAAAAGCUAAGGAUGGGUUUGAAGAAAAGUUGUCAUUUGGACUAGUUUUGAACUCAUCAAAUGCAACUAGAAUUGUCGAUAAAGGUCCAGAAGCUAAUCUCCCAGAGGCAGAACAGUUUAGGUUAUUCUGGGGCGACAAAUCCGAACUACGUCGUUUCCAAGACGGCACGCACACAGAGGCGUGUGUAUGGAGCGCACACACACCAGCGCAACGGAGAAACGUGUCCACACAGAUUGUAGACUAUUUGAUGCGGUUGAAGUAUGGUAUACCAUCAUCAGAGAUAUACCACAUAUCCGGGCAGUUCGACAGUCUGCUGGCCCGUAAGGAAUCCAAUGGAGACCAGAUGGAGGAGCUGGCGGUCCACGUGCUGCAGACCUUCGACGAGCUGAGGAGGGAUCUGCGGGGAUUGACACAGCUUCCCUUGGAGAUUAGUGCUGUUUAUGGAACAUCCCCCGUGUUCAGCUACUGCUGCCCCACACCAGCUGUGCCCAGUUCAUCAGACCCUCGGGCCUGGAGACGGGCUUCCACCUGCCUGCUGAAGCUGCCCCAGGAUGAUAAGAAGCCAUACAUACCGGAGUACACACCAGCUAAUAAGGCUACCGUUGAGUUGACACAUAGCGGAAAAUGGCCAGGAGAAAUCGAGGCCUUCCGUUGCCUUAAAGCGGCAUUCCACUUGCAAAUCUCCGACCGAAUCACCCAACAGUACACAUUACCAAGCCAGGCCUAUCCCACACACAUCGACGUCAUGAAAAACGGCUUAGCAUUUAGACUGGAGAUAGCUCAUCCAAAGGAAAUAACUCUUUUACGAAGGGAGAUGGAGAAUGGAGUGGUUAAGUUCAAGGAAAGUGAAGAUAGUUUGAGGUUGCAGUGUGAGACGGUGCUGUUGCCGAGGUUAAGGAGCGCUUUGCAUGGCCUCCACACAAAGCACCCAGCCUACGGGCCAACCGCGUGCAUCCUCAAACGCUGGCUAUCCUCCCACCUCCUCUCUCCCCCCCAUUUUCCCGCCCCUCUAGUGGAACUCCUCGCGGCCAUCCCCUUCAUCCUCCCCUCCCCACUAUCUCCCCCCACGCAGCCCACCACGGGGAUGUAUAGAGCGUUGAAACUAUUGGCCGAUACGGACUGGAAGAGUCAGAUGUACGUGCUUGAUUUUAAUGACGAUAUGACGCAUGAAGAAAUAACAGAAAUAGAGCGGAAAUUCACGGAAUCUUCCAACAAACCGGCGAUGUUCAUAGCCACGUCGUACGAUGGUGAUCUACCAUCUGCUUGGAGCUUAUCAAAUCCGACUCAGCAAGUCGUGGCCCGGGCACAGGGGUUGGCUAGAGCCACCCUACAAUAUGUGGAGAAGGGGGUGGAAAAAGGGGAAGAGAAUUUGCUUGGCGCGUUUGUCCCGUCGCUCUCGGGCUACGACGCACUGCUGCAGCUGCGCGCGGCGCCGCUGCGCAGUGAGCGCGUGGACCGUGCGCCGCGUGCCCGCAGUGUGCACGGGACCUGUGACGUCAUACCCGUGCUUGACUUCCACGUGGUCGAGGCGUAUCUGCGCGAUUUGAGGAGUGCAUAUGAUGAGUUCGCGCUAUUCUUCCACGACCACUACGGCGGUGACGUCAUCGCGGUGUUAUGGAAACCACACGUCAAAGAGCAUAGAGAUUUUCAGAUUAUAAACGCAAACGGAGUGAAACCUGUCAAAGUGAACGGAGAAACAAAAUAUAAAGUGAAUAUUGAAGCCAUUUUAGAAGAUUUCAGGAUACUGGGAAAUGGUCUAGUUGCUGAUAUUGUUGUUAAUUCUUAGUAUUUUUAUGGAAUAUAUUAUAUUUGAUUCCAA